CAAUUCUAAUUAUCUGUGCUGUGUAUGUUUUAUUUUAUUUACUGCAUUUGAACUUACAUGAAAGCUUAUUUUAUUUGUUCUCAUUUAAAUUCUGACUAAUACUGUUCAAUAUGGGUGAUCACGAUGAUUUCGAAGACAGUCAGUUUCCGGAUAAUGAUGAAUUUAUCCCAUACGUAACAGGCGGUAACCUGGUACAAAAGAGUGGCGCGAAAGUGUCUUUGUGGGGAAAAGUCGUCAAAGUUACUGCUAGUGAAGGGUUUUACGUUAAAACUGUGGAUGAUCAAGAAGUGCUAGUAAAGUUGAGGAGACCUUUAGACGAACCCCUUGAAGGAUGGUAUGAGAUCAGUGGUGUUUCUCAGGGAAAGAGUAUUCUUUGUGAUGAAUAUGUGCAUCUACCUCAAGAAAUAUGCAAUAACAUCGAUACAGAAGGCCACAAAAGCCUCGCGAGAUUGCUGGUCGCCUUAGAUGAUCCCUGGAACCUUGGCGAAGAUAACUCUAACCUGAUGUCAGGCAUUGAGCCCAUGCAAUGAUUACUGUUAUUUACAUGUAUAUUAUUAAUUAAGGAAUUAAAAGUUUAUUUUAAUUA